AUGAAGUCUAUUCCGAGGGAUUUUUUUAACAUGAAUGAACAAUCAAACUCAAAUCCCCAUCAACCGUAUACUUCUGAUCUAUCAGAUCAUGUAGUGAAUCUAGCUUCGAGUGAUGAAAUUUGUGAAGUUGAAUUUGUUAGGAAUGACAUUCCAUCCACAAUUGUUGAUAAUUUUGUACCUGCGCCAAAUGUAAUAGAAUCUGAUGACGAUUCAAAUUUAUGA